AUGGUUCCGGAGAUCAAGACUUAUAAAUUAAUUUCUUAUCAUGAGAUUAAACGAGCAGGAAAUAAUUUUGAUGGAUCAAGUUUAAUUGGUGUGGGCAGUUCUGUCUCUGUGUAUAAAGGCACAUUAUCUAGUGGAACCUUGGUGGCUAGAAAGGUUCUGAAUUUUGAAAAUGAGAAAGUAUGCAAGAGGUUUGAUACAGAAUGCGAAGUGAUGAGAAAUGUUAGGCAUCGAAAUCUUGUUCCGGUGAUAACUACUUGUUCUAGUGACUACAUAAGGGCCUUCCUUUUGCAAUUUAUGCCCAAUGGAAGUCUUGAGAAUUGGUUGUACAAAGAAUAUUGCCAAUUGAACCUACUUCAAAGAGUAACUGUAAUGCUUGAUGUGGCUAUGGGAAUUAAAUAUCUUCAUCAUGGUAACGACACUCCGAUAGUUCAUUGCAACCUAAAGCCUGCCAACAUUCUUUUGGAUGAAUAUAUGGUGGCUCAUGUUGGUGAUUUUGGCAUCUCUAAGAUUUUAGCCGUAAGCAAGUCCAUGGCACAUACUGAGACAUUGGGCACUCUUGGUUACAUUGCACCAGAAUAUGGCUCGGAGGGAAUAGUGUCCACUACUGGUGAUGUUUAUAGCUAUGGUAUCAUGUUGAUAGAGGUUUUGACCAAAAGAAGGCCAAUAGAUGAAGAGAUACACAAUGAAAAUGUUGAUUUGAGGAAAUGGAUAAGAGAGUCAUUUCCAAGGACUAUGAUGGACGUUGUAGAUGCAAACCUUCUAUCUGAGGAUGAAAAAAUUACCUGUAAAUGUGAAAGUUGCAUAGCCUGCAUGCUAGAAUUGGCUUUAGACUGCCCAAAGGAAAUGGCCGAAUCAAGGAUUACCAUGAAAGAAGUAGUCAAGAGGCUUAACAAAAUCAAGAACACAUUUUUGGAAUUGUAA